AUGGCCAGAGAGGUUCGCUCACUUAUCAAUGCAACCAACCUUCGUAUCGGUCCUGUCGCUACUCCCAAAGGAAUUGGAUGGCACUUUGCUGUUGGCAAUACAAAACGUGUCCGCCUGGGCAAUGUGCAUCUCAAGGCGGUCAAUUCCUUGCCUGCAGCUUGAGAUUCAUCCAAUUCGUGUGUCACCUAAGCCGCCUUCUCAUUGCGCCUCCCCAGAAUACAAAAUCCUCGAUAACCCCGGGAUUUAAUCUGGUUUUCUCAACUGCAGCUAAGCCGCGAUGCCUGCAGCAGGACGCCACGUCUUAACCCAGCAUCAGUCCUGUGAAUGGGGUCACCGGACACAUCAACGGUCAACCGAGCUAAGCUGCUCGUACGCAGUCUGCGGUCUUCUGGGAGUUUGGCUGAUUGUGUUAUGUCUCGGAUCGAAUUCAUUCAUUCUUGUAUUCCAAGAUGGAUCAUUGAUCUUCUUCAUCCAUUCCUUUUUCUCUUACUUAAAAUUCUGUUCUGAAAACACUACUUGGUACCAGGUAGCAAUCACUGUAUCGAUUACUGCCAUCUCAUCGUCUCGCGGAGAAGGAGCCAGGCUUGGAAUCAGCGAAUCCCAAAAAGGAAACUGGACGACUAGCUUAGAACCUGAGUCGAGUCAACCUCGCAGUUUUCCGUGCCUUGGUCGAUCCCACUCCCCAAGGACGAGAUAGUAUGCCUAGGGAACCACGAUCAUGUAAACUUUCCAUGCUUGUCAUCAGACUUGCACACCCUGCCAUUGUCCAUUGGGACCUCUCUGAAAGCCAAUUGAAGUUCCCAAACAGGCUAACCGAUAUCGA